UUCAACGGUGUGUGGGGUCUGCCGGCGGUGGUGUGUGACUGCUACAUCGCCAUCGACGUCACGUGCUCCACCUCCAGCAUAUUCAACCUCGUCGCCAUUUCUGUGGACAGAUACAUUGCCGUCACGCAGCCCAUCAAGUACGCGAAGCACAAGAGCAACGGGCGCGUGUGGGCGAUGAUCUGCGUGGCGUGGCUGGUGUCCGCCGCCAUCGGCUCGCCGGUAGUGUUGGGCCUCAACAACACGCCCGACCGCAGCGCCGACCAGUGCCUGUUCAACAGCACCGACUACGUCAUCUACUCCUCGCUCGGCUCCUUCUACAUACCCUGCAUCAUCAUGAUGUUCCUCUACUACAGGAUCUUUGAGGCCAUCCGACAACGCGCAAAGAAGCAACGAGUUGCGAAGAAAACUGCGUCAGCGGUGACCUGUGCUGUGUCCAGCGGUACAGCUGCGGUGGUCAUAGAGAACAUAGCGCAGACCCAACGCUUCGCCGACGAGCCCGACCGACCGACCAACACCGCCUCGGGCAGCAACGACGAUGACGAUGAUAAUUUCGACAGAUCAGAGAUGGGCGUGUAUGUAGAGGAGCUGGCGAACACGCGCUCUACCCGAUUCAUGCUCGCUGCUGUCGUCGAAGAGACUGGCCUUAUCAUGGCCAAUCUCGCCUCCCCCAUCCCUAUGAUGGACCCCAACACGAACAACGACUCCGGCUACGCGCCCUCCAACAUGGAUGUGGACAAGGAGCACACCCCCCCUCCCUCCCCUAAGGAGGAGAAGAAGAAAGAAGAGAAGGAGUUACCUAAGAAACCAGAACUUAAAAAGAAGCUCAGCCGGCUCAGCAACAGCUCCCUCAUCUCCACUCCUCGCCGAAGGUUCAGAUCAGCAGCUUCCGCGGCCAGGUUCACCAUCUUCCGUGCCAACAGAGCCGGCAAGCUUAGAGCCAAGUCCUUUGCCAAGAAGGAGAAGAAAGCCACGCAGACCUUAGCCAUUGUUCUGGGCGUCUUCCUUUUCUGCUGGGCACCAUUCUUCACCUGCUCGGUGCUGGAUGCCAUCUGCACCAAGUUCGGCUUCGACUACUCCCCCGGCGUCACGGUGUUCAUGCUGACUACCUGGCUGGGCUACAUCAACUCCUUCCUCAACCCCGUCAUAUACACCAUCUUCAACCCUGAGUUCAGGAAGGCGUUCAGAAAGAUCCUGCACUGUUCAUAGCCCUUGGAUGCUCAUAAGAUUUACUCUUACGCCUAAAUCGGUGGGCCUGGUAUGCGUUAACGAUAUAUUUCGUGAAAAGAAAAGCGUAUUGUCGACCAAUAACGGCCUUGAAGAAAUAAACUUGCAAAGCAUGAGUCUGACUCGCUCACCUAUAAAAUAGAGGAAAGAUUAUUUAUAUUUAAAUUGAAAUAUAAUAUUAUAAAGAGGAAAGAUUUGCAUUUUUGACUGUAACAAAUAAAUUCAAAUUUAAUAAACCGAUUUGAAAAAUCAGAAAACUACAUUAUCGAAGAGUAGCAUAAGCUAUAUUUUGUGGCUGUAUUCUUACUGGAAUGUGAACUGUACGGGUGAAACUUCGAGGUUCUGCCAGUUACCUAUAAAAAAACACGUUUGUACGAAAACUCUCAUAUUUAAUAAUUGUAUAUUUUUUUACUAGGGCACACUAAAAACAGAAAAUAAAACUUUUUUAACAAAAAAAAUACCGCCUUCAAAUAUGCAUUACUCUAAAAAGUGAAAAAUAACAUUGCACCUAUGUCCAUUCUACUGAUUGGUUUGAAGGCGGUGCCAGAAAACAACUUAAACUUUAAAAGCCUGUUUGGCAUAGCACCUUCAAACCGAUCUAAUAGAAAGGACAUAAUAGAUACAAUGUUGUCUCGAUUGUUAGAGUAAUUCAUCUUUGAAGUCGGUUCAAUUUUCACCCUAAACUCUACAAAGAUAUCGCUCUCUCUUUCAUUGAGGUGGACUAAAAGAAAGAACUAAUUGAGUAUAUUUUCGAUGCCGCUAUUCGUCGACAUGUUUUGCUCUUCACGAGAUAUCUGAUGACGCAUUUACCCUACUGCAGCGUACCCAGUGGUAGAAAAAGACAAAUAACAAACAAGAUUUUCAGUGUGUGUGUGUGUGUGACUGAGACAUAAUGUGUUUUUAUAGAAGCUCCAAGUUAGGCACCACAGACUAUCUUUUAACUUUAUAAAAUAAAAAAUUACGUAUCUGUGUUGUCUGUCAAACACCCAGAGCAACGAUUGCUAGUUUAAUAAAAAAUUGUCAUUAUGUUAACAAUUAAUUUAUUAUUAUUAUUGGUUGUGUACUAAUUAAAUAUUUUAACUGUAAAUAGAUUUUAAUGUUAGUUUAAUUCUUAUUGUAAUACUCAUAAGAUUGUGUAUAACAAUAAUAUUAUGUUAUUUAUAAACAUAGUUUAAUUAAACGUUGUAUAAGCUCAAAGUAUAAAAUAUAUGAAGGUUUAUAUAUAUAUAACAGUAUAGGUUGUGUAUUAAAUAAAUGAUUCGUGUAAUUUUUUACUGUAAAUUAUUUAAACUUAAUUUUGUUUAGUUUUAUAUAUAGGGAUUUGUAAUAAUUAAAUGUCACGCUGUUAAUUACUAUAAAUAAAUAUUGUAAAUAGUAUAAAGAUUAAAGUACAGUAGAAUUGGUAUAAUAUGAGUACUGUAGGACUAGGUAAUAACUUGUACUAGAUAACUAUUAAAUGUGUAAAUGUCUAAUUAUUAUUGUUAUUGACUGUUCGACCUCUAAAAAAUAUAAAUUAAUUUCAAUAUUUUGUAUGGUGUUUUUGUGUAAAAAUUGUAAUCACGAAAAAACAUCAAUACCUACAAGUUGUUUUAAUUUCGUUUAAUUUUUAAAUACAUAAACAAAUUCUCAAAAUAUGUAAUGUUAAUUAAUUUAUUACUCCAGCUACCUAGUUAAUUACAUAGGAUUACCUGGGACAUUUGUGGGGUGAUUUGAA